AUGAAUUAUGCUUCUCAAUUCCUGAAGUGGGAUGUGAAGAAUUGCACAGUUGGUUCAGUUUAUGAAAAUGGUAUAUCUCAAAGUCUCACAGGAAAAGGAAAUGGCAGUGAAGAAGCAACGAGAUUUCAAGAAGUUGUUAUGGAACACAUGAGCAACAUGGAGAGGAGAAUCCAGCAUAUUUCAGAUACAGAAGCCAAUCUCAUAGAUUCAGAGCGUUUUCAAAAUUUCAGUGUGACAACUGAUCAAAGAUUUAGUGAUGUUCUUCUCCAGCUAAGUGCCUUGGUUUCCUCAGUCCAGGAACAUGGGAAUGCAAUAGAUGAAAUCUCCAAGUCCUUAAUAAGUCUGAAUACCACAUUGCUGGAUUUGCAGCUCAAUAUGGAAAUGUUGAAUGGCAAAAUCCAAGAGAAUACGAUUAAACAACAAAAGGCAGUCAAGGAAAGCAAAAGUUGCGAACUCUAUUUCAACAUCAUCCUGUUUACCCUGAUUUCUCUGGCAGUCUUACGAGAAGUUUUCAAGUGGAUUUACCUAGUGCCUUCUCCAGACUCCCAGAAAAAUGGGAAAUGUUUUCCCAUUGGAUCUCUAUCUAGGACAGUUCGACUCGUUGGCGGCAGAGGCCCUCACGAGGGUAGAGUGGAGAUAUUCCACGACGGCCGGUGGGGUACAAUUUGUGAUGACCGCUGGGAAGUGCGCGUUGGACAGGUCAUCUGUAGAAGUUUGGGAUACCAAGGCGUUCAAAGCGUGCACAAGGGAGCUCACUUUGGACAAGGAACUCAAAACACGUUCACUGUGUCUGAAUCUUUUUCACGUACCAAAAGACAGAGUUACCGACAGGUACCAGAUAUUUGUCACAUCUUUGUGUCCUCGGUGAAAAAGAACUAG